CGCUGGCCUUCUUUUGGUUGAAUAAUUGGUACGUACUUCACUUCCAUACUUGUAAUCAUGUCCGCUUUUUCAGCAAUUUGCUCCUUCUAGUUUCUUUGUGCAGAAAACCCCGGCUGAAGAGUUUCACCAACCUGCUGAUCGGCGCUUUAGCUGUUACAGAUCUGAUCAAUGCUUCCAUCCCUGGUGUCAUGUUCUGUUCUUCACUUGUAUCAAGUGUUUCGUUUAUUCCGAGUAAGGAAACAUCUAGCAAGAUGGUACUCGGCGUAUUUGGUUGCUUUAUCAGCGGGUUUUUCUUGCACUUACUGACAUACGCAUCAAUGUCAACGAUGGUGCUUACAGCCCUCAAUCGUUUUUACUGCGUUUUAAAGCCUCACAAGCACAAAGUGAUUUUCAGUCACCUCCGCUCGAUGAUAUACAUUGCUUCCGUUUGGUUCUUCGUCGCCAUUGUCGAGAUCUUCCCCAUGUUAUUUUCAAGGUCCACGAUAGGUUUCAGCUCGAGAACGGCUACUUGUGUUAUGAUAUGCAACACCAUGGAGGUACAAGUCGGUUACACCGCAUUCAUCGUGGCCUUUUUCGUAGUUCUAUGUUUUUGCACUAUCUGUUUUUGCUAUUUUUGCGUUUCUUGAUUGAUUCGACGACACCACAUCAACACCAUUUCUCUGUCAGCGCAAGAGAUCGACUUGACCAAGACGUUGUUUAUGCUCGUGUUCACAUUCGCUGCACCAUGGAUCUCGACAUUUUUGACGAUUGUCCUAUCCCGGUUGGUUGCGAAGACCCAAGUUCCUCGUCCGUUUGUCUUGAUGAUCACGUAUCUGAUUUGGCUUCCUGUGCCCGGUUGUUCCUAACAAGAUGAAGAGCACGCUUCAUGCCUGGAGACCGCGGCAACAAAUCCACUCCCUUUCUUCUGAAGAGGAAAGUAAUUCGGGAAUUACUAAGGUACGCACGUUUUUCCGUUCCAACCAAACAGCGUUCGUAG